AUGGACACUGGUCCAGAAAACGUCCAUGUGGCUGAGGAAGGAAAUGACGAAUUUAAUACAGCUGAUGAUAGUUGUUUGGACUUGGUUCCCAGCUUGGACAUGUGUUUUGACACAAUGGAAGAAGCAAAGACAUUUUACUCAGACUAUGGAAAAAGAAGUGGUUUUGGUGUGCGAACUAGAACUUCCAAAAAAGACAAGAAUAACGAAGUCUACUAUUUGAGAUUGGUUUGUUCAAGGGAAGGUAAAUAUGUUUCUAGCAUUCGUCCAGAAGUGAAAACUCUGCCAACUCAGUAUAAUCAAUGCCCUGCUGGAAUAACAAUUUCCCGUAAAGAUGAAAAAUGGUUUGUAAGGAAAGUAGCUCUACAACACAGUCAUGACCUUUGUCCACAAACCUCCAAUCUAAUCCGUGGAAAUAGAAAGUUGAAAAUGCAUGCAAAGCACACAUUGGAAGUGAAUGAUAUUGCGGGUGUGCGCAUUAAUAAAAGUUAUCUUACCAUAGUUGGUGAAGCUGGUGGAUACGAAAAUAUGCAAUUUAUGGAGCGAGAUGUUAGGAACUUUAUCGAUCAACAAAGAAGGUCGCUGUGUAAGGAGAGUGACGGUCAAGCGUUGUUACGUCACUUUUCAAAAAUGAGAGACCUCAAUAAUGAUUUUUUCUAUGACAUAGAAAUGGAUGAAUGUAAUAGAAUUACUAGUGUAUUUUGGGCAGAUGCUCGAAGCCGAGCUGCAUGUCAGGAAUUUGGUGAUGUCGUUUCUUUUGAUACAACGUACUUAACAAACAAGUACGACAUGUCUUUUGCUCCAUUUGUAGGCGUUAACCAUCAUGGACAAUCCAUUCUACUUGGUUGCGGAUUGCUCUCAUUUGAGGACACAUCAUCCUUUGUUUGGUUAUUCGAAUGUUGGCUAAGAUGCAUGGAAAACAACGCGCCUGACAGUAUUGUAACAGAUCAAUGUAAGGCCAUGGCAAAUGCAAUUCAAGAGGUCUUCCCGAAAACAAAGCACAAAUGGUGUUUGUGGCACAUAAUGAAAAAGAUACCUGAAAAAUUUCAAGGAUAUAAAAAUUAUGUUGGUAUCAAAAGUGAUAUCAAAGUGUUUGUCUAUGACUACAGUAGUACAGUGAACUUUGAAAUUGGUUGGGAAAAACUACUUUCUAAACAUGGCUUAGAAAAUAAUGAAUGGCUUUGCAAUCUAUAUGAAGACAGAGAAAAAUGGGUCCCUUGUUAUUUGAAGAAUCACUUUUGGGCCGGUAUGUCUACAACUCAAAGAAGUGAGGGUAUGAAUGCUUUCUUUGAUGGAUUUAUUAAUUCUAGUACCACACUUCACGAGUUUGUCAUUCAGUACGAUAAUGCUCUUAAAUUCAAAGCACAAAAAGAAAUAGAAGUCGACUUCUCCUCUUUGAAUACCACGGUUGCAUGUGGGUCUCAAUCACCAAUUGAGAGACAGUUUCAAGAUGAGUACACACAUGCAAAAUUUGAGGAAGUACAAAUGGAGUUUCGGUCUAGGAUGAACUGCUUCAUCAAAGACACUGUCAUGGACGGUAAUUAUAUUAAGUACACUAUAAAAGAAGAAUGCAUGUCAGAUGGAAAAUGUUCUACAAAUAUUACCAUGUUGAAUUUGACCCUCUUACACACGAUACAAGUUUCUCGUGCCUACUGUUUGAGUUUAGAGGCAUCUUUUGUCGUCAUUCCCUAUUGGUUCUCGGUCAGCAAGAUGUACAUAAAGUCCCCUCCAAAUAUGUUCUUAGACGUUGGAGCAAAAACAUCCGAAGGAAGCACACAGUUAUUAGAGCAGCUUACAGUUCUAUACAGCAGGAACCCAAGAUGCAAAGAUAUCAGUCGUUGUGUAAGCGAUUCUAUGAUAUACCUGAGGCUGCAUGUGAAUCUGAAUGUGCUUCAGCUGACUUGGAAAAAGAAUUAA